AUGGAAAAAUCAGGAAUGGAUCCUGUCAACUAUAUGACAUCUGAUGCAGCUGUAGAAAUUGAAAAUCAAAGUGAUAACUCUUCAUCGGGUAGCAGCUUAUUUAAAACACAAUGUGCACCUUCCUUACCUAAAUGGACUCAAAGAAAACCUGUGAGGAAACUGGUUCAUAUACCUGAGAAUAUUCAAACAGAUUCAUCCAGUGACUCAUCCAUAGAACCAAGACCAUUGACUUUGAAGGCUAUUUUUGAAAGAUUCAAGAAAAAGAAGAAACGUAAGAAGAGGAAAUAUAAGCCAAAAUUAACACCAAGAGGAAGACCAAAAGGAAAGAAAAACACUAGAAGAUCAAACAGUAAAAAACAAAUCAAAGAAAAAGGACCUACAUUUCCAAUUUUACAAUCUGAGGAUGGAAGGAAACCAUUACCUUGGAGGAAGAUUUUAAGUUUUGAGCAAGCUGUUGCAAGAGGAUUUUUUAACUAUAUUGAAAAACUGAAGUACGAAUACCACCUUAAGGAAUCAUUGAAACAAAUGAAUGUUGGUGAGGAUUUAGAAAAAGAUGACCUUGAUAGUCGUAGAUACAAAUACUUGGAUGAUGAUGGCUCCAUUUCUCCUAUUGAAGAGUCAGGAGCAGAAGAUGAGACAACACAUCUUGAACAUGAUGCAUGUGAUAUCAAAUUAGUAGAGGAGAGUUGUUUCAUUAUAAGUUCUGAAUUUCCAAGCAAGAUGAAUGUGUGUUUACCAAGAGAGAAGAAUAAAGAAGCUGCUUUGUCUACAAACAGAGUUUCCAAGGCCAUAAAUAACGGACAGAGGGCAGAAAGAUCUGAAAAGGAGAUAAACGUGAAUGUCAAAGAAGGAUUCUGUUUGAACAUGGGUCUGGAGUUGAAAGAUAAUUAA